AUGUAUUCAUUUCUUUUUCUAGAAAUUCGUCCAUACCAUGAUUUUCCAUUCAGAAGCAUUAUACUUCCUUAUGAACCUCAACUUAGCGAACAACAAUCGCCUUUCGUUACUACUAAUGAUGAAAGUACAGUCGGGACUACAAUUCCAAUUGAUGCUGAUCCACAACCAUGUCCAGGUACGAAUAUAUUACAAAGAACAACCGAUGAAUUGCGCUCACCCGACACAUUAGGUUUGCAUACAUUGGAUAAUAUUAUCACAGAAUCACUUGUAGAUGCAUUCAACAAUGACACACAAUAUGAAAAGUCGCCAGUCCCUCGUCAACUAUCACAUAAUAGCAAAAAAAGAUGUCCUAUAUGCAAUUAUGAAUUUCUAGAUACUACUGAUGAAGUUCAGAUAUAUACGCAUGUCGAAACAUGUUUGAUUUCAGCAAGUAUGGAUGAUCUUGGUCCUUUCGACGGGCCACGACAAUUUGAAUGUCCAAUAUGUAACCAACAAUUUUCAGGCAAUGAUGACAAAGCAUAUCGUGAACAUUUGUCGGAUUGUUAUAGAGAACCUGGUGGCAAUUCUUAA